AGGUUCCUCUAACCGCGGCCCUUUCGCGAAGCCGAGUCUAUUUUCCAGGAGCAGAGAGCGCCAGCCAUGGAUCCUCGGAGCGGAAAGGCGACGCGGACAGCUUCGAAGGCGGGAGCCGCCACCUCCAAGAUUUUGGCGCAGAGUGCGAAGGGCGCCCCGACGAAACCCUCGUCGACGAAGCCCAGCCAGACGAAGCCCAUCGAGUGUCCGGUUGUCCCCAAAGCUGUCAGGCCCCACGAGCAGAAUUGCAGCUCCACUAGAGCGUCGGGGAACCAGCGGAAGAAGAGCCCCCCGGGCUCCCGGGAGAGACCGCAGGUCCGCGCGCGGGGUGCGCGCACCGAGAAGGCCCCUCUGAGCGGUGACGCGGUGAACGGGCACACGGAUCUGGCCAAGGCGCAGGAGUCUCCCGCGGCUCCGGAGCCGCCCCGUCCCAGAGCUGGAUCUCGCCGAAAAGGGAGUGCAUGUGCCAAGACGGCGCCUCUGAGCGCCCAGGACGCCUUGAACGGGCACACGGAUCUGGCCCAGGAGCCGGAGUCGCCCCUUCCCAGAGCUGGAUCUCGCCGAAAAGGGAGUGCAUUUGCCAAGAAGGCGCCUCUGAGCCGUGACGCGGUGGACGGGCACACGGAUCUGGCCGAGGGGCCGGAGCCUCCCGCGGCUCCGGAGUCGCCCCUUCCCAGAGCUGGAUCUCGCCGAAAAGGGAGUGCAUGUGCCAAGACGGCGCCCCUGAGCGCCCAGGACGCCUUGAACGGUCAGGCGGGUCUGGCCCAGGAGCCGGAGUCGCCCCUUCCCAGGGCUGGAUCUCGCCGAAAAGGAGGUGCAUGCACCAAGAAGGCUCCUCUGAGCGCCGAGGACAUCUUGAACGGACAGGCCAUUCUGGCCGAGGGGCCAGAGCCUCCCGCAGCCCCGGAGUCGCCCCUUCCUAGGGCUGGAUCCGCGCGCUCCGCUGGGGAGCGGAGACCUCCGUCCAGGCCAACGGAGGACGCCGGCCAGGAUCCGCUGGUUCCAGCCUCUAGUCUGGGCCGGAGGGACGCGGUGCCCGGCGUCUGGAAGCUCGGGGCGGUGCUGGAUAAGUUGAAGCUACGUCGCGCAGAAAUCUCAGAAGCCGCGGAGGUUGUAAACAGGGUCGUGGGCCACCUGCUACGAGGACUGAAGAGCGGCUGGUCCGAGUUUAAAGGUGUCGAGUUGCUUCCCACUGGGAGCUACUACGAGCACGUGAAGGUUUCUGCUCCUAAUGAAUUUGACGUUAUGUUUAAACUGGACGUCCCCAGAAUUCAGCUAGAAGAAUAUUGUGACAGUGGUGCUCAUUACUUUGUGAAGUUCAAAAGAAACCCCCAAGGAAAUCCUCUGAAUCAGUUUUUAGUAGGGGAAAGAUUAUCAGCUUCUAAGAUGCUGUCCAAGUUUAGGGAUCUCAUUAAGAAAGAAAUUAAAAACAUUCAAGAUACAGAUAUCAUUGUGGAGAAGAAAAAGAGAGGAUGUCCUGCUGUAACACUUCUUAUUAAAACACCUAAAGAAAUAUCUGUGGAUAUAAUCUUGGCUUUGAAAGUACAAAGCAGCUGGCCACUGAGCACCCAGAAUGGCAUGCCCAUUGAAAAUUGGCUUGGAAGAAAAGUAAAGAAAAACCUAAGACUACAGCCAUUUUACCUGGUACCUAAGCCUGCAAGGGAAGGAAAUGGUUUUCAAGAAGAAACAUGGCGGCUAUCCUUCUCUCACAUUGAAAAGGACAUUUUGAAAAAUCAUGGAAAAGAAAAAACAUGCUGUGAAAGUAAUGGAGUGAAAUGUUACAGGAAAUGUUGUUUAAAACUAAUGAAAUAUCUUUUAGAAAAAUUGAAAGAAAAGUUUGAAGACCGAAAGGAAUUGGGUAAAUUCUGUUCUUACCACGUGAAAACUGCCUUCUUUCACGUAUGUGCCCAGAACCCAGAUGACAGUCAGUGGCGAGACAACCUGGAGUUCUGCUUUGAUAGAUGUCUGGAAUACUUUCUUUAUUGCCUCAAGUCAGAAAAUCUUGAGAAUUUUUUUAUUCCUAAAGCCAAUCUAUUCUCUCGAGAUAAAAUUGACAGGAUAAGUAAAGAAUUUCUGACAAAAGAAAUUGAAUAUGAAAGAAACAAUAGAUUUCCAAUUUUUGGUGAAUUUUGAAAAUAUAUAAAAAUAUACAUCAAUUAUAUAUAUUUAACUUAUUUUUAUUGUUGAGAGUAUUACUGAUGUCCCCCAUUUUCUUCCCUUUUGUCCCCCUCCACCCAGCUACU